AUGAUUCACUCCAGACAACCGGAGACUGAAUUAAUGAAGGCAUCAUCGGCCCAGGCGGCCUCAUACUCCCCAACGUUGGAUGUCACAAACCCAGCCCAAGUUUUCGCUGCGACGACUCAAGCGCUUCAGAACCUUUUGACUUACUACACACCCACUCAAAGUGGAGUGUUCUCUCAAGUACAAACCCCAUGGCACGAAUCUGGUAUGAUUUGGGGUAUGUUCUUUGAUUAUGCAAAAUGGACAGGCGACACACAAUUCUUGGAGCUUGUCACAGAUGCUCUCGUCAAUAUUUCAUACGUGACUGAACAUGCCAAGGUUUCAAGACUGACUGAAGUUGAAUAUCUUAGUGAUUUCUUGGGUGGGAAUGCAGUUAGCGUGGUCCAGACCCUUUUGGGAGUCUGGAACGAUGAUCUACUAUGGCCAAGUCAAGCAGCCGUAGGAGGAGCAGAGGUGUUUGGUCCAAAUGCUAUCAUGCCUCGUUCCAAUGGUGACUGGAUCUCACUGGCUACCAAAACUUACGACCAGACUGGAGUUGAAACUGAUGACAAAUGCGGAGGUGGGAUAUAUUGGUCUCGCGAUCGUGGGUCUCCGUCAGGCGUAUACAAGUCUCUCAUCACGCAGAUUGAAUUCAUCUCACAAGGCGCUAGAAACUAUCUGCAAACCAAAAAUGAAACAGCAUUAGCUCAAUCGAAGCAGGUUCUUGACUGGAUAAUGUCUUCCGGUCUUGGAAAUUUGAAUACAGGCGAGCUUCUUGACGGAAUGCCGAGUAAUAACUGCCAGCAAUUCACAAAAACGAGUUGGAGUUACAACUAUGGACAAUUGAUUGGAUCGCUGGCUUGGAUGAAUCUUGCAACUAAGAAUCAAACUUAUUUAGACAUGAUCUCUCCUUUCUUUGACUACUCUGUGAAGCUUUUUGCUCCGACUGGCGUCAUUACUGAGCUAUGCGAAGCUGAUGUAUCGUGUAAUAGAGACCAGCAAGGCUUCAAGGCAAUCUAUGCUCGGAACCUAGUGUAUGUUUAUCGGCAGACAACUAAUGCGACUAUUAAGGAUGCCAUUCAGAAGAUGAUCGACGCCUCAGUAAAUGCAAUGGUCAGCAAUUCUUGUGAUAAGCAGUGGAACUGUGGGGGAAAUUGGACGACAGACACUCAGCCUGUGAAAUACAUUCGGUCUCAGGCUGUCAGUGCCGCACUCUUGGUAUCAGCAAUCGGAAUCCAUGGCAUUAGCAGCUAG